GGCGAAGAGUGCGGGGAUGGCGGCAGUUCCACUGGCUCAGGCGCGGGACCCGGCGCGGUGCUGUCCCUGGGUGCCUGCUGCCUGGCGUUGCUGCAGAUAUUCCGCUCCAAGAAGUUCCCGUCGGACAAGCUGGAGCGGCUGUACCAGCGCUAUUUCUUCCGCCUGAACCAGAGCAGCCUCACCAUGCUCAUGGCCGUGCUGGUGCUCGUGUGCCUCGUCAUGUUGGCCUUUCACGCGGCGCGGCCCCCGCUGCAGCUGCCCUACCUGGCGGUGCUGGCGGCUGCCGUGGGUGUGAUCCUCGUCAUGGCCGUGCUCUGCAACCGCGCCGCCUUUCACCAGGACCACAUGGGCCUGGCCUGCUAUGCGCUCAUCGCCGUGGUGCUGGCCGUCCAGGUGGUGGGCCUGCUGCUGCCCCAGCCGCGCAGCGCUUCCGAGGGCAUCUGGUGGACCGUGUUCUUCAUCUACACCAUCUACACGCUGCUGCCCGUGCGCAUGCGGGCCGCAGUGCUCAGCGGGGUGCUCCUGUCUGCCCUCCACCUGGCCAUCUCCCUGCGCACCAACGCCCAGGACCAGUUCCUGCUCAAGCAGCUUGUCUCCAACGUCCUCAUCUUCUCCUGCACCAACAUCGUGGGCGUCUGCACCCACUACCCUGCCGAAGUCUCCCAGAGACAGGCCUUCCAGGAGACCCGGGAAUGCAUCCAGGCAAGACUCCACUCACAGCGGGAGAACCAGCAGCAGGAGCGGCUCCUGCUGUCUGUCCUUCCCCGUCACGUUGCCAUGGAGAUGAAAGCAGACAUCAACGCCAAGCAGGAGGAUAUGAUGUUCCAUAAGAUUUACAUCCAGAAGCAUGACAACGUGAGCAUCCUGUUCGCUGACAUCGAGGGCUUCACCAGCCUGGCAUCCCAGUGCACUGCUCAGGAAUUGGUCAUGACCCUCAACGAGCUCUUCGCCCGCUUCGACAAGCUGGCAGCGGAGAAUCACUGUUUACGUAUUAAGAUCCUGGGGGACUGUUAUUACUGUGUCUCGGGGCUGCCUGAAGCCAGGGCUGACCACGCCCACUGCUGCGUGGAGAUGGGCAUGGACAUGAUCGAGGCCAUCUCGUUGGUCCGGGAGGUGACAGGGGUGAACGUGAACAUGCGCGUGGGAAUUCACAGCGGGCGAGUACACUGCGGUGUCCUUGGUCUCAGGAAGUGGCAGUUCGACGUCUGGUCUAACGACGUCACACUGGCCAACCACAUGGAGGCCGGCGGCAAAGCAGGACGCAUCCACAUCACCAAGGCCACACUCAACUACCUGAACGGCGACUACGAGGUGGAGCCCGGCUGCGGGGGUGAGCGCAACGCCUACCUCAAGGAGCACAGCAUUGAGACCUUCCUCAUCCUGCGCUGCACCCAGAAGCGGAAAGAAGAGAAGGCCAUGAUCGCCAAGAUGAACCGCCAGAGGACCAACUCCAUUGGGCACAACCCACCACCCUGGGGCGCCGAGCGCCCCUUCUACAACCACCUGGGCGGCAACCAGGUGUCAAAGGAGAUGAAGCGCAUGGGUUUUGAAGACCCCAAGGACAACUGGUUUUCUGUCUGUUUCCCCGAGGAUGAAGUGGAUGAGUUUCUGGGCCGGGCCAUCGAUGCCAGGAGCAUUGACAGGCUGCGAUCUGAGCACGUCCGCAAAUUCCUCCUGACCUUCAGGGAGCCUGACUUAGAGAAGAAGUACUCCAAGCAGGUGGAUGACCGAUUCGGUGCCUACGUGGCGUGUGCCUCGCUCGUCUUCCUCUUCAUCUGCUUUGUCCAGAUCACCAUCGUGCCCCACUCCGUGUUCAUGCUGAGUGUCUAUCUGACCUGCUUCCUGCUGCUGGCCCUGGUGGUGUCCGUGUCUGUCAUCUACUCCUGCGUGAAGCUCUUCCCCACCCCACUGCAGACCCUCUCCAGGAAGAUUGUGCGGUCCAAGAUGAACAGCACCCUGGUUGGGGUCUUCACCAUCACCCUGGUGUUCCUGUCGGCCUUUGUCAACAUGUUCAUGUGCAACUCCACGGACCUGCUGGGCUGCCUCGCAGAGGAGCACAACCUCAGCGUGAGCCAGGUCAACGCGUGCCACGUGGUGGAGUCGGUGGUCAACUACAGCCUGGGCGAGGAGCGGGGCUUCUGUGGCAGCUCCUGGCCCAACUGCAACUUCCCUGAGUACUUCACCUACAGCGUGCUGCUCAGCCUGCUGGCCUGCUCCGUGUUCCUGCAGAUCAGCUGCAUCGGGAAGCUGGUGCUCAUGCUGGCCAUCGAGCUCAUUUACGUGCUAGUCGUUGAAGUGCCCGGCGUCACGCUCUUCGAUAACGCCGACCUGCUGGUCACCGCCAAUGCCAUAGACUUCAACAACAACGGGACCUCCCAGUGCCCUGAGCAUGCGACCAAGGUGGCGCUGAAGGUGGUGACGCCCAUCAUCAUCUCGGUCUUUGUGCUGGCCCUGUACCUGCAUGCCCAGCAGGUGGAGUCCACUGCCCGCCUCGACUUCCUCUGGAAACUGCAGGCCACGGAGGAGAAGGAGGAGAUGGAGGAGCUGCAGGCCUACAACCGGCGCCUGCUGCACAACAUCCUGCCCAAGGACGUGGCCGCCCACUUCCUGGCCCGCGAGCGGCGCAACGACGAGCUGUACUACCAGUCCUGCGAGUGCGUGGCCGUCAUGUUCGCCUCCAUCGCCAACUUCUCCGAGUUCUACGUGGAGCUGGAGGCCAACAACGAGGGCGUUGAGUGCCUGCGGCUGCUCAACGAGAUCAUCGCCGACUUCGAUGAGAUCAUCAGUGAGGAUCGGUUCAAGCAGCUGGAGAAGAUCAAGACCAUUGGCAGCACCUACAUGGCCGCCUCGGGCCUCAACGACUCCACCUACGACAAGGUGGGCAAGACCCACAUCAAGGCUCUGGCCGACUUUGCCAUGAAGCUGAUGGACCAGAUGAAGUACAUCAACGAGCACUCCUUCAACAACUUCCAGAUGAAGAUCGGGCUCAACAUCGGCCCUGUGGUGGCCGGGGUGAUUGGGGCCCGCAAGCCCCAGUACGACAUCUGGGGCAAUACCGUGAACGUGGCCAGCCGCAUGGACAGCACUGGUGUGCCCGACCGUAUCCAGGUCACCACGGACAUGUACCAGGUGCUGGCUGCCAACACAUACCAGCUGGAGUGCCGAGGCGUGGUCAAAGUCAAGGGCAAGGGCGAGAUGAUGACCUACUUCCUCAAUGGAGGGCCCCCGCUCAGUUAGCAGCGGCCAGCCAGUGGUGCCAGGCAGCCUGGCCUCCAGAGGAAUGGAAACGGCUUCUUUGUGCGCCGAGUGGGCAGGUGGGAAGCCUGCGCUCCAGCCACAUGGUUGUGCUGGGGGAGAUUUUUCACUUUGACUCCAGAAGCAGCUUCUGCCUUUGCUGGUGGGCAGUGGCCUCCGUCCCAGGCCCCAGGGUGCCAGCGUCCUGCGAGCACCAAGCUGACCAAAGAUGUUUCCUCUGUAGAAGACUCUGCUAGACUCGAUCUGAAGCUUGAGUUUUCUAACAGGUGCUGCUGAGUGGGUGACAGGAGCUGCCGGAGCUGAUCGACGAGGCGCGACCCAGUGCACAAGGGCAGGGCCGAGGAGGAUGUUUUGGCCUCACAUGGGUGGGUAGGCGGGCUUGACUCUGGCCUGGGGAACCCACGGGCCCCUAGGGAUCUGCUUCUCUGUGAGCCUUUAAUUUCAGACAGAGGCCACAACUCUGCUCACGGAGCAGCGUUCGGGCAGGAGAGCCAGCUUUGGAGGGCCCGUGGCCUUCACUGUGGUCCUUGCCCGCUCCUCCACCACAGACAGAGUGCCCUGUGAAGGAAACAGAACUACUUACGAGGGGGAGGCAGAGGACACCCAGCAAGGAGGGGUGGUUCUGAGAAAGAGAAAAUAUUUAUUAAAUAAAACAAGUUUCUGUGCCCUUCUUUAGACUAUGCUAGUUGUAUGCGUGUAAGAGACACAAGCAAAUGAAGAUGCCACUGGGGAGGGAGGGCGGGUAUCCCAACUUGUCUUUUUUGUAUUUUUUAUUUUGUAUUAUGGAAAACCUUGGAGAUCUAACAGAUAUACCAAAUUCUAUAUUUUGUAAAUUCUCUGUAUUAGGAAACAGCCGGACCCGGCGGGGCGUUCGUGCGUCUGUACUGUGCGAGUUGGUGUGUGUGCUGGCGUGUGUGCCUGCAUUCAUGCUGUGGAACUGGUGUCAUGCAGGAUGCGUUUCCCUCAUCCCAGAUCUGGCAGUUCGGGCUUACCCGGGUUUGAGCGGCGCAGUGGCACAUCCGUGGGAUACCGUGUGUUCGGGCUGAGGAAGUGCAUGGACGUGUUACCCCAUCUCCCUCUGAUACACGCAUGCACCACUUCCCCUGAGUAAAAUGCAAACUGAGCAGUAAGAACAAGUCUCAUCUUUGCAUAGCACGUGGAGGUAGAACCAGGGGAAGCAGCCGCAGCCUGUGACAGGCAGUGUGGCCACUGUCAACGCUCCACUUGUAGGAUGUCUGAUGUCACUGCCGGCAGAGGGCUGCCCCCCCCACCCCCCGCAGGCUCCUGGGGGCACGAGGAAGCUUAGCCUGCCUGCUACUCAGCUGGCCGAGGUACAGGUGACUCUCCCUAGAGCGGAUCCCUCAGACCUGGCGGUGCAGUGGGUGGCCCUCAGGCUUGGGGAGCAGGAAAGGCCUUGCCUUCUCCUUGCGAACCAGAUAGAGGGCUGGGUACAGCUCAGCUUCAGAGUCCACAGGAACAAGCUAGCAGGAAUACUGUUUUGCCUGGUUUGUGUUUUGGGGGGAGGUAGCAGUUAAAUAUACCAGAAAAAGCUUUUUUUUUUUUUUUUUUAUAACCUACGAGGGAGGCAUUUAGAAAAUGAUUUACUACCACAGAGAUUCAGACAGAACUCUUAGGGCUGUGGCCAGAUCUUUUCUUUGCUUCUCAGGGCAGAACUAUUCUUGCCUCCGCCACGAGCUUGAAGGAGGUGGGCAGCAGCGACGUGUGGCCGCCAUGUGGUACCUCGAUGCCCACGGGCACCACCCUCCCACCCACGCCCUGAUUCCCCCAGCACAGACCUGAGAAGCAGAGCGGGCCGCCCUGAAACUGCCAGGCCUGCGUGUCCCUGCUUCUGCUCCCUCCUGAGUUCCGCACCGCCCCCCCUGCCCUGGCCACUGCAGGGCUUGCUUUCUCCCACUGUUGUUCGGUCCCGCCCUUCCACCUCGCUGCCAGUGGUGUCGGGUUUCUGUUUUGCUUCUACCUGAGUAAAGUGUGUGUGUGCUGAGUUCCACAUGUGUUCCCCCUGUCGGUCAGGGCCACCCUGGCCUCCUGGGGGCCCUCCACCCCAGCAGUGACUGGUGACAGCGUGCAGUGCUAGCUCUUCGUUCCCUCUAAGGGGUGUGCACUCUUUUUAUUCCUGCUCUUGCAAAAACGAAUACGAUUAUGAUUUCCCAUGGAAAUUGAAAAGCCUAUUUAAGUAAUUUAACUAUUAAACACUUUCACUGGUAACGUGUCCUGGUC